AUGGUUACAGUCAAACCCUUGGUUCUAUUCAGGGAAUACCAAGCAUGUGCUCUGUCUUCGUUCAUCAGCGAUGAUCCGGAUUUGUCGCCACCAAAUAUUUUAAUACAAGGACAUCAGAGUUCUGGCAAGACCCUUACGCUCAUUAGAUUUUUUGAAGACAAUCCUCACAUACACAACUGCUGGCUGAGUCCUGUCCAAUUGGUGACUUGGAAGCCUCUUUUGCAACAUGUGGCCAGGACGGUCUCGAGCUCUCUGAUUAAUUUGUUUCCGCAUGUGAAUUACGAUAUUCAGGAUGCACUCGAGGCAGAAGAUUUCUACUUCUUGAUCCGAGUACUGGAUACAGUAUUACGUUGUUACGAGGUUUUGGAGAGAAAAGUGAAUCUUUUCGUUGUACUGGAUGGCCUUGACCAGUUAAAAGAGCUGGAUCUCGAACUACUCCCUAAAUUUCUUAAGCUGCAUGAAAUGUUAGACUCUAAUUACAAAGUCCAAUUGAAGUUCAUAUACACAAUACGCGACGCUGCAUUUCUCAGCAAGUACAGCACUUAUAACAUCCCAACCAUCAUCUUUCCACGUUAUAAACAUGAACAGGUGGCAGAGAUACUUCUUCAUGAGAAGUCAAACGACUAUAUUCACAGCGAUGCUCUUAUCAGUAAGGUACUUGCAACUGGAAUCGAUCCCGAUGAUUCCAUUUUCGAGCAGAUCGCCGAAAACUAUAUCAAACUCAUAAUACAGGCCUUUCAUUCAUACACGGGUAACGAUAUAGUUGCACUGACAGACAUCAUGGAUUCGAAAUGGGAAGCUUAUGUCGCUUCGAUAACCGCUCAGAAUAUCUAUGAACCACUUGCAUUGUAUCGUUCGAACAUUGCACUAUACACUACUACAGGCGAUUCCUUUACUACUCCGAGUGACUCCAACUCCAACCAAUUAGAAGAUAAAGAGAAGGCAACCGCUUACGAACUUUCGUUAAUAUCCAAGUACCUGCUUUUAGCUGCCUAUCUGUGUUCCUAUUUGGAACCAAGGUAUGACAGCAAGAUCUUCUCAAAGAAGACCCAUCUGCGAGCUGGUAGGUCAUCCUAUGGCCGUAGAACCAAAAUGGAAACAAAUCCUCGAUAUUUGCAACCUUCCCUUUUUCAGCUUGAAAGGCUUUUCUCCAUCUUUCAAGCUAUAUUUCCCAUAGGGGACGACAAGCCUGGCAAAACAAGCAUAUUUAACCAAAAUGAACUAAUGAAAGCUAAUGUGGAAGUAUACGAGAACCUUGCUGAACUCAGUAGUCUCAAACUUAUCACAACUGCUUCCGCCAAAAAUGCGGAUUAUUUGAGCUACAAACUAAAAUGGAAGAUUAACGUUCCGUGGGAAAUAAUAACUGAGAUUAGCUCCACGGUGAAUUUUGAUAUUGCUGGGUACUUCUCAGGACUGCAUAAUUAA